UUGUGUAACCGCUUCCUUUGGGGGGAGAUCAUACACAACGUGCUUCCGCAAAGGUUUCUUGGAAGGGAAUCUGUUUACCAAUAUCGGAAGGGGGUCUUGGUCUCAGAAACUUCGCUAUUCUCUUUGGGUUGGUUGGACUCGAGAGCACAAGUUAAAACGCACCUCCUUUCUCUAAAACCGCUGGUGCGCUCCCUUUUGUCUUGUGAGAUCAGAGAUGGCAAGCGCACAAGCUUCUGGUUUGAUGACUGGUCACGGCACGGUCCCCUGAUCUCGUUUAUUGGAGACAAUGGCCCGCGACAAACAUGGAUCCACGCUCAGACAACUGUCGCUGAAGCUCUCCAAUCUCGUGAUUGGCAAAUCCCUUUGAGAUCAAGAAAUGCAAGUAUUCAAGUGCUAAGGGACACUCUUAGAUCAUCUUGGGAUGAGAUCAUUCAGUGGCUCCUCUCCAGUAACACCAACAAGAAGGAUCAAGUGCUGAGAAAGAUUGCUUGCCAUGCCACAGUUUACUGGCUAUGGAGGGAGAGGAAUAACAGACUGCACAACGUCAAUUCUCUCCCAACAUCGACCCUUUUCAGGCACAUUGAUCAUGCUAUCCGUGAUAUUCUCCUAGCCCGAAGAAAAGGGAAAGAUUGUCCCCUUCUUCUCUCUACUUGGUUAACUCAUAGUUGA